UAGAACAUCAAGCGUGAUAGAAAUAUUUCUCUCGCAGUCUAAGAAAUAGAGGUAGAGACCGACAGGGACAGCAGACUCAGCUUUUAACGUCUCAGAAAGAGACUUAAAGAAAGAGGACACAAAGGCAAUAAGGAAAGGAGGAGACAAUAGAGAGCUGGACUGAUUGACUUAUGACUUCUGAGGGCUGUGGACAUUUUGGCUUGAGAACAGAAGAGAUUUCAAAGUCAGAGUAAACGCGGCUCAACAUGUAGAUGUUCUGCACGUUUCUGGUUAAAUCUCCCCCCCCCCCUUUGCCUCCUCCCCAGACUUGAAUCAUUUACCCUGCACGCCAGUCAGCAGAGACAAAUCUAAAUGUGUUUGGAUAAAUCUGGGGGAUGCGUCUGAGAAGAAGAUGCACAGAGAAGAAGUGUGACAUGGUGCCGACCCAAAUUGACAGAGACGAGGAAAGAGAGGACUGUUCAGGGGCAGACUCGUCUCCAACCAGACACAGGUAUUCUCUAUUUGAUACUACGAUCAGUCAGACAAAAAUGUUUAAUAGAACUACAGUCCAUAUAAUACUCUAAUUUUGUAAUUCUCAGUCUCUUUGAUGUGUGUGUUUGGCUUUGUAAUGUUAAAUAGUUCUUUCAUUUGAAAUUUUAAUUUGUACGGCUUCAUUAUUUUAUUAUAUUAUAGUAUUUAAUAGAAGAAUCACCAGUAAUUAGCUUUGUGAGAAUGUAACUGUCUAAAGUGCAAAGCAAUACCGUGUAUCUUCAAUACAUUUGCAGAUUCAUGUUCCAAUAAAUGUAGUAAUAAAAUAAGUAAUACUUAGGAGGCUGUCUCUGUAAACUAUAACUCACAGACAACACGCCUCUGGUUGUCUACAACUGGAUCAAAUGCGUCAUUAAUGGUGUUCUUGAUUUAGAGUAACAGAUUAAGUGAAAGCCAUACAACUAACUGCUGAACUGUCACAAGCCAUAACCAUCCAAUACUAUAAUCAAUAAUAAUAAAACGCAGCGCUGUGCUUAGUAUCAAUGAGAAUCCUGUGGUCAGCCUGUCACUCACACACUUUGUUGCAUUUGUUAAUGUGAGGAGAAAAUGUGUAGGCUCUGUCUAGAGAGAAACUACAUGAAGAUGGAGGAGGAGGAGGAGACAGACAUUUUGCCUGUCAGAGACUAAAGAAAAAGGAGCAACUAGAGACAACUGUGGCUGCUAACAGACUUAUAAGUGCUUCCUAAAUCACCCUGCUGUCAGAUAUACAAAAAGAGACAAAGACAUGACUGCUGGGUAUUGAUUGUGACUGAGUGCUCUACCUACUUGGACAAUACAGCCCCUGCUCGCAGCAGAGGGGGAGACAGAAAAUAACCUCUACCUAAGAGGCAGGCAGUAGCCACAGAGAGAAAGAGAGCAGGGGAGAAAUCCUCUUCCUCUCUAUCGACCCAUCUCGUCUUCAGGAUGGCGGGCUCAGCCAUGGCAUUCACCUUUGCGGCCUUCUGCUACAUGCUCACCUUGGUGCUGUGCGCUGCCCUCAUCUUCUUCGUCAUAUGGCAGAUCAUUGCAUUUGAUGAGCUCGGCACAGACUUCAAAAACCCCAUUGAUCAGAGCAAUCCCACCAGAGCGAGGGAAAGGAUUCUCAACAUUGAAAGAAUCUGCAACCUGCUCCGCAGAUUGGUGGUACCGGAGUACUCCAUCCACGGGCUCUUCUGCUUGAUGUUCAUGUGUGCUGCAGAGUGGGUCACACUUGGCCUAAAUGUCCCACUUCUCUUCUACCAUCUCUGGAGGUUUCUUCAUCGGCCAGCUGACGGCUCAGUGGUCAUGUAUGAUCCUGUCAGUGUGAUGAACGCCGACAUUCUCAAUUACUGCCAGAAGGAGUCCUGGUGUAAGCUAGGCUUUUAUCUGCUCUCUUUCUUCUAUUAUCUCUACAGAAGUGUAAAGGCAGUGAUGUCCUCUCAUCACGUCUGCAAUCAUACAGACAGAAGUGAAAUGUUGCUGAUGAUCGAGAUUCGUAAACAGUAAAGCCUUUCCUCAACUAGCCUUUGUUAUCAUGUGUUCAUUAGUUUGAUCUGUGAGUAGAUAAGUGAUGGUUCAAAUGUGUGAUUUUAAACAUCAGUAGAAAAUACAGAAGAUACUGGACCCUGAGAACAAACUGUGUUUGUCAUACGCCCGACACGUAGUAAAUGGUGGCAACAAUUCAUUGAUGCAAGUUUUAGUAUCACUAAUAUUCAGGAUGUUCAUUCAACCCUAACUACAGAUCACAGUUAAGUAAUUAUUAUUGUUAUAUGUACAUAAAUAAUUUUCAAAUUGUGUGUAUGUUAGCCUAUGACAGGUUGAACUACAUUUCAAUUGGAAGCAGAGAUAGAAUAAGGCUGGCAUAUUUAUAAGUUAGUUGGUGUCAAUAAAUCCCAUGAGAAGACUUAAACCAAUGUGUAUUUCGUUUUGACUCCCCUAUUCUGUCUGUGGACCUCAGACCCAAAAUGUGUUACUAAAGUGUGAAAGAGGUUAAAAAUAUAUUAUUUAAUCUUAAAGGGUAAAUCAUUUCCAAGCUGGUUACUAUUGUUUUCAGAAAAUUUCACUCACAGAAAUGUGAAAUGAAGCAUUUCAUGGGGCCUAUUUUCAGCAGGGGAUUGAUACACAUUGCUGCACAAGUGAGUAGUUACCAUUGACUUUAUUUGCAGCAGGACCCUGACGCACCAAACAUCCUUCUUAUCUUUAUAGUCUUUUCAAAGGAUUCGUUGACAUAAAAAAAUAUCCUCAGUCUUGUCUUUUAAAUAAGAAGUUGACUCCAAAUUAAACAAUGUUUUAAAAAAGAAUGCUUUCAAAACAAUAUUAAAAUGUCCUGUGUAGUGACUGCUUCCUACAGUCCAUUACAUUAUGCUUCACCUUUCAGGAAAAAUAAUAGCCUCAAUGAUAUGCCACUAAUUAAAAAAUCACCACAAACACAAGUCCUGUGUCGAUCACAGUUUGUUUUAUGUCACUUAGGAACAAAUGAAGGGUUUUAAAAGAACAACUUUUUUCAACCAAACUGCAGCAACUUUAAUAAUCUUAUGUGAGCGUUUUUGCACACAGUACACACUUUGCACACAGUAUCAAGACUCUGCCAACAAUAUGAGUGUAUGGAGUCUGGACAAUCACUAUUAAAGCACAGUAACACGAGGACAACAUGAGAACUGCCGCUUGGUUGAAUGUCAUUAUGUAGUUGCUCUAAACAAAGCAUUUUAGAAAAUUGUAUUUGAGUAUAUCUAUUUGUAUCCGUCUUUUAUACAUUUGUCAUCAAUGUACGCUACAGUGAUUUGGUGGAUUAUUUUAUAUUUAUUAGGUUACACUAUGACGUACAGUUAAUAAAGCGAUUCUCAUGCCGUAUUCUAAUAAAACA